AUGUCUCGAGGCGGGUUCCGCGGUCGUGGCGGGGGCGGUCGAGGCGGAAUGCCCUCCGUCCCCGGCAUGUCCCACGAGGCUUAUCGGGAGAUCAUGGCUGCGCCGCCUCAGCACGCUGGGAUGUUGUAUCCUCCGCUGAGCUCAGCGUCGGUCGCGUUCCUCCCCCGACCAUCGGACUUUGAGUCUGGCAUGAUCAGGAAGGAGACGGAGCUGGAAGAGACACUACGGAAGGGUAUAAUGGUGGAUCAAGAACAGGGGACGUAUUGGUGCGGGUGGAGAUUACCAGAAGUGCGGAAGAUGGUCGGAAUAGAGAUAGAGACCUACUCGGACCUUUUCGCUCGACCGACAGCUGCAGCGCCGAAUGAUGAAGAGCUCGACCCGGUCAAGAUGAAGAUGGACGAGAUGUUCUUCCCGCCUUCAUUAUGGGACGCGUACUUUGAGCCGGAGAAGGAGCAGAAGCGGGGAAAAGGAAAGGUACCGAAGAAGCGGAAAACGUUGGACAGCGACGGCGAUGACAAGCCGGACGGAGAGGAGGCGGAAAAGUCAUCGAACGCUUCAUCGGCUGAAGAAGACGCAGAGUACGAGGACGAAUCAGAUCAUCAAGACUACGAUGCCAACUACUUUGAUAAUGGAGAAGGAGACGACGACGAGGGUGGUGAAGAUGAGGACGUCGGGAACGGAGGGAACUUUGACGAAUAG